UUCGAUCCAAUCAGUCAUGAUUGCUCUUCGUUCCUCACGAAUGUAUCGGUAUUCGGUACUCAGUCUCAGUCGUCAGUCGUGAAUCGGACGAUGAGACUCCAAGUCUCGAUUGCGCACGCUCGUUUCGUAUAGUUUCGCGUUUCGUUAUAGGUCAUCCGACGACGCGGGUUCAAAAUCGCUGCAUUAUUGUAAUAUUUUUCCCGAUUGUAUGCACUGUUAUGAUUUUCAUUCUUCGUUCUCGGUGGUUCUCGGUUCGUGGCGACUGGUUGAACCGGAUCGGUCAAAAACGACUGACUCGUUCAUCAGUACUUUUGCGCGACCUCAGUCAAAUGACCGAAUCGGUCGUGACUGACACAGGACUAGAUCAUCUCAGAUCUCAUGAUCUGUGAUUUCACUAUCAAGUGACCAAAAAACUGUGUUCAAAAAAUAUUAUUGUAAAUACAAAAAUAAAGUAGUCAUUAUUUAGUCUACAUAAUAUUAAAGCUCUGUAGUUAGUCUUCAAAAAUGGAGAAAAGCAGUUAUCCUCCUCCAUAUGGUUGGAGUAACGGGCACACAAUGCAACCCCCUCCGGCCGCCCCGCCUAGCUAUUCCCAGGCUGUGGGAGGUGUGGGACCUUCCAGCCCAUACACACCUCAAUACCACCCUUCGUCAGGUCCUGCAAUAGUGACUACAGUGGUGCCAGUGGGACCUCAACCGACUCACAUGAUAUGCCCAAGCUGUCAUGCUGAAAUGAAUACGGAUACACAGACCAAGCCAGGACUUAUUGCUUAUAUAGCUGGGACCAUCAUAUUUAUGUUAGGAGGUGUAUGUGGAUGCUGUUUGAUCCCAUGCUGCAUCGGCAGCUGCAUGGAUGUUCACCACACGUGUCCUAAUUGCGGUGCAUAUCUUGGGCGCUACAGACGAUAACUUUUAGUAUUUAUUACAUGACAGCCCAAACAAGAAGUGUAAUGUUUUCAGGGUUUGUGUAUGUAUGUGAGUUUUUUUUUAUUUCACCAUAACCUCUGAACGCCGGAACAGAUUUGGAUAUACGGGGUAAAGUUAGAAUCCUUUCACUAUCCUGAUUCCUGAGUGAAACUACCUAUAAUUUUUUGAGAAAAGUUUGAUUAUGGCAGAACAAAGAAAGAAGUUGGUGUUUUUCAACUUUUGUGAUUGUUUCUUGUUUGAAUAGAGGAAAUUAUUUUGCCGGCGACUAAAAACUUGAACUACGACUAAUAGUUACGACUUGACUUGCCCCUUGUCUUUUGUUAUUACUCAGCUCUAAACUUUAUUUCCGGCCUAAACAGUAAUUUAAUGUACUUUGCAAACACUUCAAAUUAUUGACCACUAAUAUAAUACAUAUUAUUUGUAAGCUGUUUGCAAAUUACAUAUACAUACAUAUUUUCUUUUGAUUUCAAUCUUACUUAAUAUAAAUAGAACCACAAUAGUGAAUUUAUGGAUGCCCUAAGCCCCUAACUUAAUUACGCCCAUAAUAAAUAACUUGAUUCCACAUAUAGUUUUAUUUAAGUAUUUAAUUAUCCUGUUGAUGUUUAAUUUUUUAGUUGCUAGGCAGUUUUCGUCAACCUACUAAUUUAGGAAGGCAUUUUCCUUUUUUAACCCUCUAAAUACAGUUAAUUUGUAACCAUUUUAGUAUUUACCUUUAAAAUAUAACAGCCAAUAAUAUGAAGCUGGUCCAAGUAACACCAUUUGAUUCUUUUUCCUUCUUCAAACCUAACCAGUUUCUUGUAAACCUCCACUGCCUUUGAUUGAUUUACACCAGGUGUUCAAAUCCUUAAAACAUCACUCUUUGAAUGAAGAAGCUAAAAGAAUAAUUGUAAAGAUAAGUGAAUAAGUGUUUUAAUAUGUUGAAUAUUUUUUCUGCGUCUAUGUACUUGAAUUAAUGAAUCACAUCUGCUAGUCUGUUUUAUGGUACGACUCCACUAGCGGCAUUCGGCAAAUGAUUCGUGUUAUAGUGACAUUUACACUAACCCGAAUGGUUGGCGCGAAGAGAACUAUUCGCUGUCACAGAAUGUGGCGUCUGUAAAAAUUCGCUAAACAUAAAACAGUCCCCGUAGUUAUAUCCAUAAUGUAACCAGUUGAUUUGCCGUACUGUCGUAAGAUGUGUUCGAACUCUAAUCAUUUGCCGAAUCCCGAUAGUGGAGGCAUACCUUUAGAGGAGUCAGUUUUGAAUCUAUAUUUUGUAUCUUUAUUUUAUAUUACAAAUAUUGUGUUUCUCGAAAGCGGCUGCUUUAUAGAUUACAAAGGUUUGGUCUCGGUUUUUCGAUGACAAAAUCAGUUAGAUGUGCCAUAGCAGCUUUACAUAUAGAGACUGUAAAUGGACUGGUAACUCCAGUGAUCAUAUUGUAUUUUCUUCGAUUACUAUAAUGUAUAAGUAUUAAAUAUGCCUUUCAUUAUUUCAUAUAUUAUGAUGUUGCUCAUUAAUACUUGAGAAGGAUCUCAGAAACUCAGUGUAUUUAAAGAUUUGUCGGACAUUUGUGUAUGGUGUUUUUAAAUGUUCAGAUUGGGUUGCAUACUGAUCAGGAGCAUUUACAAAUUAUAUGUAAACUAGAGGAUGCCCGCGACUUCGUCGAUUGCAGACAUGAAUGUCAUAAAAUUAACCAACCCUGAAAAAAAUUUGGACAACUAUUAGUUGAGUACAUCUACUCAUUAGAACGCGUAACAUUGCAGGCAAACGAUGUCGUGAGUUCAGAAGCUAACUUCAGUACUACUUUCAACUCUGCGCCAUAAGAUUAAUACUUGCCUUGUAAUUUUUACCUAUAUACCUACUUAUAUCUAUCACAGUUUAAUUUGAAUGUAUUAAUAUGUUUAUAGGUUAGAGAACUUGUCUACUUUGUAAAAUUUUAAUCAGACUCUUGAUACCUACUUAGCGUGCGUGUAAAAAAAGAUUUCUGUAAUCGACAAGUCAGUGUGGGUAAAAUAGCGUCAUGUAAGGGUGCUUACUGGUUUAAUCGGCUUCUGGAGCGUGCUUGGAUGGCUGGAGUGAAGACUUUGGCCGGGGGGGGGGGGGGGUGGCACUCUUAUACAAUAUCCAUCACCAUCAAUAUAUAUACCUACUAUAAUAAUUAUAUAUACCUGUCUCUUUCUAUGGGAUCUCUUAAUAUGGGGCUAUUUUAGCCGCACCAAUCAGUAUGGAUCCGCACCGACCUAUCUGUCUCUUUAUGUGAGACCUCAUAAGAUUUUAUUUGAACCUAUUUUACCCUCAUUGAUCAGUACCGACCCACACAGACUUGUCGGCACCGAAAACCUGGUUUUUUAGGCAAGCGCCCAUUGGUUGUCUAAUUUUUAUUUAGUGUCAAACACUUUAGUUUUCAAGAUGAUCUUAUUUUGUUAACAUUGUUUACGUGAGCUUAAAUUAGUUCAUUUUUAUAGACUUACAAUUUAUUUUAAUUACUAGCAUAAUAUAGUUUUAUUAUUAUAAUAUAAAUUAAAUUUUAAAUAUUUAGAAAUAAUUAAUCUACAUUUUGUAUGUAACUAAACAUGUAUGUGGCUUGAUACUAAGCUGUUAUUAACUUAUUAAUUGUAUAGGUACAUAAGUGCAUAUUAAAGUUCAAAAAUUACCUACAUACCUA